GGCGCGCUUGUUCAAAAUGGUACGCCACUUGUGAAUUAUUUGCAUAAAACUUCCUAAUAGCAGAGCCCUAUUGCCUCUUUCCAUCAAAACAGAGCCACAGGGGCUCUUCCAUUAGAAAGUUUACCACGUACUGACUUAAUUUAGCCAUGUUUGUCUCUAAACCAUGUUCUUGGAAUACCCCCAGGUCAGUUGUUAAUUUUCACUCAUUAUUUGGUUUUAUGCAGUGCAAAGCUGUAAUGGUGGCUGCAAAUAUAAACAGUUUUUUUUUCUAGUGAUGCUCAGAAGUAAUCCCCCAUCAUCCAGAUCAAGGAAAGAUUAAAGGCUGAUAUGUGUGUAUGUUAAAUUUGAACUCUCAUUGCUUAGGCUACUUUCUCCCAUGGUGAUGUUGCAUACUUCCAAUUCAAAUAUACUUACAAAUGUAAUUAUUGUUGCUUUAUAAUCACAUAAUGAAAAUAAUAUGUUAUGUGAACGUAUAAGUGAUUUGCAUAAGAUAAGUAGAUAAACGAAGAAGUAAAGGACCAGAAAUGGAAUAGGAAAAACUUUGUCAGAAGUAUGCGAACUCGCCAAACUCCUAACCAGUAGAUGGCAGUAGUAAGUGUCAUUAAUACAAUGUUUGGUCAUGUAAAAAGAAGAAAAGAAAAUUGAAAUAACUGACGUGUUUUGACAUACUUUGAUCUUUUUUCAGAGGUUUAAAGAUAAAUUCUGGUAGACAGUUGCGAAAUGCAACCACAAUCUAUAGCGAAAGAAGAGCCUGGCCCCCACGUGUCAGUCCUGCGCCUGCUGACUCCUCCACUGCGACUGCUCUGCGCCACCAUUUGGCAAGUGGUCCAGGAGAGGGAUGUGUUCAAUUAUGGGAUGUUGGAGGAAUUUGUGACACUAACUACAGAGACAGUCCCUGAGUUGUUAAGUCACAGACAAAGGGCCCAGCUUAUCCUUGGGCUGCGAGCAAAGGUGGUCCUGGAGUUGUGCCGGUCCGAGAGCUCGACUGAUACUGAAACCAUUCAGCAUCACCUGGACCGAAUCCGAAUACCUGCUGCACAUCUUGCAGAGUUUUCGAUGAGCGAUGCCGAUGUUGAAACUUCAGAAUCUAAUUUCCUUGCCCUUGUGGAUAUUCUGCUGAAUGACCCUAUUGAGAGAGAUAUCUUCUUUCAGGAGGUGUUUCCAGUGGAGUAUGGGCCAAAGUACGACCAUGCGUUGCAGAGACUGAUCUGGAUAUUUGUCUCCAGACUUGAGGAGGUCCUUCCUGUACCCAGCAUAACCAAGGUAGCUUCCAUGCUUAGGGUUGCUCCUUCUGUCACGGAGGAGUGUUUUCAAGCCCUUUCACAUCCUCAGGAGUUGCUGAACUCUCUACAUCAUCACAAAAAUCAUCCAGAUACUGAAACCAAGGCAAGUUCACCAGCACAGCCCUCUCCAGAUGACGACUGCAUCUUCUCCUGUCUAUCACAUCCUCCCUUGGUGCGAGUAGUGAUGGACACGGAGCGCAAAGCCUCCGAAAUUGAAUUUGAGUCGUCUUAUUGUGAAGAGGUCUCGGUAGAAAGUGAAGGGGUGAGUGCUUCAGCCACUGAGGUCCACAUCGAGUAUGUCAAGUCUGAGGAAGAAAUGAGCACAAACAGUGAAGAGAGGAGCUCCAGAAAGGAGAAGGUGGUCGAGACUGCUCACGAGGAAGGAAUGAGCACAAACGGUGAAGAGAGGAGAUCCCGAAAAGAGGAGGUGGUCGAGAUUGCUCACUCCCAGCGUGACGACGUGCAUGAGGACGGUGAGCACCACGGAGAGCGGGUUUGUGAGGAGGUGCAAGUCGAUUCGCCCCAGAAGACGGCGACUCCUGAUGAGGAAGAGCCACUAAACUCAGACGAGGCCACCAGCUGUCAAGCUGUCAAGUUCAUCAAAGAAGAUGGAAUGGUGGCGGACGCUUAUGAAGUGACUAUCGAGGACAGGCCAGAGAGAAGGGAGAAGACAGAAGACUGGGAGGGACAGACGGUAUCUGCACAUGAAACCAGAGGUGAUCCACGGAAUGACGUUUGUCUGCAGCGCCAUCCCACUGUUAAACUUGAGAGAAUUGACAUCACAGGCAAACCUUUGCCACCACCCCUCCCGAGACAGAGUGGCAGGGUCCGGAGGAAGAGAGUGAGGUUGCUCUGGAGGAAGAAUAGAGGGCCUGAGAUCACUUGGGUUGAUUCAGAAGAUGAGCUUGAUCCGACUCCAAAGAAUGUGCACUCCGUCAGAAUUCCGAAAACAGCCAAAUCAGAUUGGGAUGAGACGCCAGCAUCUAUGGCCUUCGCCUGCUCCAAGUGCUCUUUCCACGACGGCACCGAGGCCAGCCUGCACCAGCACCUCAUGAAGAACCACCCGGAGGAGUUCAGCAGGCUCCUGUCGGCAGGCAUCCGCCAGACAAGUGGUGCCGAGCCCCUAGGGAACCGAACCGCUGGUGCCUCCGUGCACGAAAAAGAGCUUCCCAAAAGAGGCUCCGUGUCCAAGACGUGCCCGGUGUGCACAAAGACUUUCACGCGUGGCUCCGACAUGAGGAGGCACCUGAAGGGCCACUCGGGCGAGCGUCUGCACUGCUGCCCCGGCUGCGGAAGAUGCUUCCAGCACCUCCACGACCUGAAGAGACACGCCGCCGGGUGCAGGGAACUCGCCGUCCCUCAGCCGAAACAGGAUCCUCCGUCUGGGGAGGGCAAUGAGCCAGAGUCCAACAGUCAACAUGAGGAAAGGACUGAAGUGCUGGACACUACAGACAGUAGUAAGGAGGUCCCACAGGACUCUAAGGAGGUACCUCAGGUAGUCGAGGUGCCCACCUCCUCCAUAGAACAGCCAGAUAGUGUGACACCAGACCCAAGAUUGUGUCCUGUGUGCGGCUUGGUUCUGGCUCGUUCCUCCGACAUGGAGAGGCACAUGAGAUCCCAUUCCGUGGAGAAGCCGUACGAGUGUCUGCACUGCUCCAAGACGUACCGCUACCCCUACAACUUAAAGAAACACGUUGACACGCGUCACAAAGGAUUGGGCUCGCCUGAAAAUGAAAGUGCAGAGAAUCCCAAUGAUGGUUCCAAUGACCAAACUGCUGUGAAGGUAGGCCCAGAUCUAACUCUUUCACCGGGCGACGUGCACUCAAAAGUAUGCCCUACGUGUGGCAAAACCUUCACCCGGGCCACCGACAUGCGAAGACAUCAGAAAUGUCACUCAGGCCACCGCUUUGAAUGCUCACAAUGUGGCAAGGGUUUCCGUUACCCUUUUGACCUGAAGCAGCACAAGCAAAAUUCCUGCACUGAGCCCUCCACCCAACCACAGGGAGUCAUCUCUGCCAAGAGACCCCUCGUCUGUGGUACAUGUGGUAAAAAAUUCUCUUUCCUGACCCACUUUGAGAGACAUAUGAGAGCGCACCGCCAGGCCAACAAGCCCACCAAGCGGUGGCACAAGUGCGCCAAGUGUGAGGAGAUCUUCAGGACGCUGUACGAUCUGGGCAAACACCAGCGCUGCCACUGGGGCGAUGACCCGCUGCGAUGCACCCAGUGUGGCCGCCGCUUCUCCCACUCCAACCAGCUUGCCAGCCACAAGCAGGUCCACAUGCUGGUGUUCACCAUGAAGUGCACCAUGUGUGAGGAAAUAUUCACCGAUCUGGCAACCUUCCGGCUGCACUACUUGCAAGUUCACAACAUCAAGGGCGCCUACCCGUGCUCUCACUGCGAGAAGAGUUUUACCGAGCUGUGCCCCUUGAUCCGGCACCUACGCACGCACACGGGCGAGCGUCCUUACCAGUGCCCGCAGUGCCCCAAGAGCUUCUCGACGCCCUCCAAACUGUCCAUGCACAAGCGGGCACACGGCGUCGUCGGCGAGAAGGCGGCCCCUCGGGAGCGGCGGCACCUGUGCCACGAGUGCGGCAAGUGUUUCUACACGUCGGCGGAGCUGCUGCGGCACGAGGUGGUGCACCGCGAGGAGCGCCCGCACACGUGCACCCAUUGCGGCAAGGCCUUCAAGCGCAUGCGCAGUCUGACGGCGCACACGGAAAGCCACAUGGAGAGCCACGUGCGCAUGCGCUUCCCCUGCUCCUACUGCGGCAAGACCUUCAUCAAGGCGGGCGCCCUGGUGCGCCACCACCGCAUCCACACGGGCGAGCGGCCGCACCGCUGCAGCGAGUGCAACAAGAGCUUCCUGACGCGCUCGGAAGUGCUCAAGCACAUGCGCUUCCACACGGGCGAGAGGCCGUUCAAGUGCGAGGUGUGCAGCAAGAGCUUCACCCAGUCGUGCUACCUGACGGCGCACAUGCGCACACACACGGGCGAGCGGCCCUACGCCUGUAAGGUGUGUGACAAGCGCUUCUCGGACAGCGCUCACCGGAAACGACACAUGCUCAUCCACACAGGGGAGAAGCCCCAUGUCUGUGAACGUUGCGGUAGAGCAUUCAAUCGCAAGAACCUUUUGAAUGUUCACCUGAAAACAUGCACUAUUGACUGAGUUGGUGAAAUGAACUCAUGGACAAGUGGCUAUAAGGAUGCCCAAGUGAUCUUUUUCUUUCACUGAUUAUGAGUUCCUUUUGUGUAGUUUAGGAAACCGGAAACUACACGAUUGCAGCUGAUGUUAUUUGCUUUCCUGGGAAACUGUGAUUGAUAUAGUAUGAUACAUCUCAGAUUAAUCAUGCAAAAUGUUCAGUGAUUCUCAAACUAUGUUCAUGGACAUUUAACAGAGGAUUCGGAUGGCAAUUUAAGAAUUUACAAAGAUGACUUUGAUAGGACCUAAAUGAUCCUAGGAAGUUGGAAUGGUUUACACUGUAACUUGAUUCAGCAUGUUAUUCAGUCAAAUAAAAUACAGUUCCUGCAUUUCACUGUACAUUUGUUACAAGUCAUACAUUCUUAAAAUUAAUGGACACUUUCAUCAAUAUCCACUUCCUUUGAGAGGUAUUUCUUGCCAAAUUAGCUGUAAACUUUUGUAUCAUGUAAGGACGGGACCAUUCCCCACAUUAAAGAGCUGCUUACCUUUG